UUGACCUCAAGAGCGUUACUUACACAAAUAUAAUACACACUACCGAUACAGAGAUCACAUACUUACCCCCCACCCUCAACCUCAAUAUAUAAAACAGUGUGAUGGCGAAGUCUCACUGAUAAAUUUCAGAUUUUGAUCUUCAUUUCGACUGAAUUUCGGAUCACAACUCCGCCGAAUUUCUGCCUUUUCCGUCGAGAGAAUCGGCCCUUUUUGGCGGUGAAAUUCCCCUGCAGGGUGGAUUUUUUCCCGGACAAAGCUUCGCUGAGAUGAGGAACGCGAGGCGUGGUGGAGGAGGAGGAGGAGGAGGAGAUUCGAGAGCUGCCGGCGUGAACAACGCCGCCCUGGAGACUAUAAGCGCUGCCGCCACAGCAAUCGCCGCCGUGGAGAAUCGUGCUCCCCAAGCUACUUCAGUUCAGAAAAGGCGUUGGGGUGGAUGCUGGAGCUCGUACUGGUGCUUCGGGUCUCACAAUAACCGGAAGCGAAUCGGACAUGCCAUUUUAGGUCCUGAAUCGUCUAAUCCGCCAGCUGAUGUUCAGAGUCAUACCCAGACUACAGCUAUAGUGCUCCCAUUUGUCGCACCACCCUCUUCUCCUGCAUCUUUCUUUCAAUCAGAGCCUCCUUCAGUAACACAAUCUCCGAGUGGUUUGUUGUCCUUGAACUCUGUCUCUGCUAGCAUGUACUCACCUAGGGGGCCUCACUCAAUAUUCGCCAUAGGCCCUUACGCCAAUGAAACCCAGUUAGUCUCCCCACCUGUUUUCUCUGCCUUCACAACUGAGCCAUCGACUGCCCCCUUCACUCCUCCCCCUGAGUCUGUCCACAUGACUACGCCUUCAUCGCCGGAGGUUCCUUUUGCUCAGCUUUUAGACCCAAACCCAAGGAACGGCAAUGGAUUUCUUGGAUUUCCUUUCUGUCAAUAUGAGUUCCCAUUCUAUCAACUCUCUCCCGGAAGCCCAAUGGGUCACCUGAUCUCCCCUGGUUCUGGUUUCUCAGUUUCAGGCACUUCAUCCCCUUUUGCGGGCUGUGAGUUGCCUGCAAUUCCACCUAACUUCCUCGACUUUCUAGCAAACAAAACUCCCAAGCUCUUGGAACUGGAGAACCAGUCAGCACAUGAAUGGGGUUCAAGGCCGGAUUCUGGUUCUUUGACUCCUGAUGCCGCAAGGCCUCAGUCUCGGGAUGGAUCUCUUCGGGAUGCCAAGGUUGCCCCAUACCCCGAGUUACAUGAGGAAUGCCGAAAUGAUGAUGCUAUGGUUGGUAACCAGAAAGAGUCACUCGAGCUGCCAGCAGAAGAGGUUGAAAGAUGCGCUGAAGCUGAGGCGAUUGCUUUGGCAAAGGAGGUCACCAAAGAAGAAAGUAAAUGCGCUGAAUCAGAAAUAUCCACUUGUACGGGAGGUGAAGCUCCUACAGAUCACGAGAAGAUACGGCAGCAUCGGAGGUACCGGUCGAUCACUCUAGGAUCUUCGAGAGAUUUCAACUUUGACAACACCGAUGAACAAGAUGCUACGAGCAAGCCCAAGACUGGGUCGGCUUCAUGCACUGGGGAGAAGGUGCUCGAGGAGGAGAAUGGACCCACCAAGAAUUGGUCCUUCUUCCCCGCGAUACACUCCGGUGUCAGCUAAGUGGUAUGUUUUGGCUUCCACAGAGUUUUGUGGAUAGUAGUAUUAUAGAAGUUUCUCGGAUUGAAUCGAAUCUAACCAACAACCCCCCGACCUAACACUAGAAAUUGCUCGAGGAAUACCGACUUAUUUGCUCAAGAAACAGGUCCAACACCAUGACUGUUUUGACAGGACUGCGAGGGAAUAAUUUGCCAUUUUUGUGAAGUUAAGGCAGGUAGGCAAGUUAGCAGAUGGUCUAAUUAGCAAUAUCGAUUUGCUCGGCCACAAAUCCAUUCGAUAGUGUACAUAAAUAAUGGCUUCAAUAAUGUGAUUGUGAUGCCCAGAUAAUUUUAUCAGGUAUUCUUUCCUUCUCUUUCUUUUCCUUUUCCAUGUAUUGCAGAAUGGAAGAUCAGGUUGAUUUUACCUUUUGGAUUUUAAAUCAGUUCUAUAUGUUUCUUUCUUA